AAUUAAAUUUUCUCGAGAGAAUGUUUUUGAAAAGUCGAAAAUGUUUCGAAUGUAGGGAAAUUUCUUGUUUGCAGUUUCUUUGCUUUCGGCCGAAUUGCAACAUCUCAUCUCAAAAUUUACAAGUGAAUUAACACAUUUUUUUUUAUUUGGAACACAACUAAAUUUCAAGUUUCAUAAAACGUUAAAAAUUCAAUUUAUCAACAAUUGUCAAAAUAAACAAUUUAUUUCUUACAAGACACAAAAUAUAAAUUGAGAAAAUUAUGAAUAGAACCACGCUUCACUGGAGUUACUUGAACUUCAAGGAUGUGCCAAUGGAUCUCUUCUUAUAUGAGGAUCUAGAGGAAAUUUAUUUAAAGGAAAAUUUUAUCACGACAAUACCCAAAUGGUUGCUCAAUUUAACCACCUUAAAAUUUAUGCAUUUUGCUGGCAACAACAUCGGUUCGUUACCAGAUGAAAUGUACUUACUGGAAAACUUGGAGUUCUUCGAUGUAUCUCACAAUAAGUUGACUAAACUGCCCGAGACAAUUGGACUGCUAAUGCGUUUACGCUGCUUUAAUGUCAGUGGGAAUCAAUUGACUGAACUGCCUAUAGAAAUUGGUGAUUUAAAAUCUCUGGAGGAAUUGAACAUCGCCAACAAUCAAUUGCAACGAUUGCCACUGCAAAUAAGUGAGUGUGUCCGUCUUAAUGUUCUUGACCUUAGUGAUAAUAAAGAAAUCUGGCAGAUACCCGAGCGUAUAUCAAAUAUGCAAUCAUUGCAAACUCUCAUGGCAGAUCGUUGUUCACUCAUUUACUUACCAGUAGCACUCUCAAAGUUUGUAAGUUUUGUGCGUAUCUUCCACAAUACGCCAAUAACACAUAUUCCCAUCUGCUAUGAACGUUUCUAUCAAAACUUCUUUGACAAUCGCCAGAAACCAACACCAAUGACUAAAAGAUCUGACGGAUUCUUCUGGGUACUGGAGAAAGAAACAUAUACAAAACUCUUACUUCCCAUAGGUACACGCAGAAUAUUUUCUAUCCCUUCCUGUGAGAAUCAAACAACACUCUACGACGACUGCUUACAUGCUUUACAGUAUUUCAAUCGUUUUGUACCACUUUAUAGUAAUAAGGCACUUAGGAGCUUACUUCCGGAGAAGUAUAUGGCAGAUCACAUAAAAAAUGGACCAAUUGCGCGUUGUUCUUUAACGACUUGUGCAAACCCAUUGUACACAACCUAUUAUUUUAUGGUAGUAAAGAGAUCCGGAAGCUCAUCUAAGCAACUUUUUACCUGUAAUUUCUGUUCACAAUUUUGUGGUCUAACGUGGUUGGGAGAGAAUGGAAAAAAAUAUUAUCAGAUUGCUUGGGAAGUAUUUGAAGAUUGAAUACAUUGUGCUGACUACAAAUACUAAAAAGAUGAAGACUAGAACCGUAUACAUGGUUUAGAAAAAUGGAUUUCGCAUAUUAGUUCGAGAUCUAUAUAUGUAUACAUAAAUAUUUUUUAUUAUAUCGUUAAUUAGUAAUAGAUAAAAUAUUUUACGAAACUGUUGAACAUUUGUCACAGAUACCUGAUGAAGCAUGCUCACAAAACACCUAAUGCCAUAUACUCGUAUACUCGUAUACACCAUA